GUUCAUAAAAGCACACAUCAUAUAGAAGGAGCAGGUGGAAUAUGUUUGAAACCCAAGCUUUCUAUUUUUUCGAAUCAAACUUCAGUAGUCGUUUAUUCGUUUCUCGGUGAGUGUGGUGUUCGGUGUUGCAGAGGUAGCCAAUUAACAUGGGACCUGGUGGACCAGGGGGUCCUGGGCCUGGUGGACCUGGUGGACCUGGUGGACCUGGUUGGGGUCCUGGGCCUGGUGGGCCAGGCUGGGGUCCAGGCCCGGGAGGACCUGGUUUCUUUGGGUCUGGUGGGUUUUUCGGUGGAUGUGCAGAUGGCCUAUGCAACGUUGUAUCUUCAUGCUUCUACUGCUUGUGCUGUUGUUGGUUGUUCCGAGAUUGUUUUGGUGGUCGACGCGGCCCAGGCCCAGGCAUGCCACCUCCUUUCUAACAACAGGCACAUUUUCACUGUUACAGUGUUAUUAAUUUGGAUUAGAAGAGUUGAAGAUUUACGUGCUGCCCAUGAUUGUCAAGCCAUAUAUGUCCAUUGUUCAUUUAGAGGGUUAGGUUAUUUGUAUUCAAUUCCAGUUUUUAUGCUUUGGCUGAGUCGAAAGUCGUUGUUUAGCUAUGUAAUGUGAGACUAUGUUAUUGUUCAUUACUAUUUAAAGAAUUUUAGUAAUGUCGACGAUCAUGAUUUUGAGUUCUUUGCUUUGAUUGUUGAGAAAGAUUUUGAAGCUA